AUGACUAUCAAAUGUAAAAUAAUUGACACAACACUUAGUGAAAAUGGAAGUUAUACAGUUUAUCAUCUAUGUGUCAAAACAAUACCAAUAAAUAAUAAUACCAAAUCACACAUUCUAUUCAAAAGAUACACUGACUUUUUAAACUUGAAAAAAGAUUUGGAAAAACAAUACGGCAAAGAAAUUCCAUAUGAGUUUCCAGAUUCCACAAAUAUGACAACCAUUGAAAAAAAUAACGACAACAGUAAUAGUAUUGCCCCAAAGAAUUGGUUGUAUUCAAUAUUUACAAACUCAUCUACUGACUUACAAGUUGUUAAAUUUAGGAAAAAAAGUUUAGAAGCAUUUCUUAAUAAUAUGUUGAAUGAUUCUUUUGAUACAAAAUGGAAACAAAGUUCUUUCACAUUAUCAUUUUUACAAAUAUCCCCAGAAGACCUGUCUUUAUCUUUUUCUUCUGAUACUGUGAAUAGGGGAAGCAAUAAUAAUACAACAUUGGAUAAUUAUUUGAAAAAUAGCAAUAAUUCCUAUAAUAAUAACAUUGCUGAUUUAACAGGUGAUUUUGUUUCAAAUCACUGGUGGGAUACUUUUAGAGAGUGUAAAAAAAUAUUAGAUGAUCCAAACACUAAGUUGAUAGAUACAGUAAAAGUAAGAUUGUUAUUAGAUAAAUUGGAUAAAUCAUUACAGCACGAUAUAGAGGCUUCGUCUUUGUCCGAUAAAGCAAAAAAAACCAAGUUUCUAAAUUCUUUAAAAACUAAAAUAAAUUCUAUAAAUUCUUAUAGUGAAACCAAAGACCAUAUUUCUGCACCUUAUGAUAGUCAUACCGCCGAUGAACUCACUACACAGCAUGACCUAUUUGGAGAUGCUACAAACAAUACAGCACUUGUUCAGCCUGGUAGAGUUCUAGGUACCAACAGAGAAUUAUUGGAACAACAACAGCAAACUAUCAAACAACAUGAUGAAGAAUUAAAAGCGUUGCAUAAAAUAGUUAUAAAUCAAAAAAAUUUAGCUCUAAAUAUCAAUCAAGAAAUUGCCGCACAAAAUGAGUUGAUGGAUUUGUUUCAUACAGAUAUUGACCAUACGGCUAACAAAGUGAAAGUAGCUAAUAUCAAAGCUAAGAAAUUUAAUGAUAGGUGA